AUGGCCGAUCUCAAGACGGCAGCGCCUAGCAAGAAUGAGUUGGUCUACUCUUCCACAGCCGACGUCUCGUCAGACGACGACAUUCGACCAUCAGAGGGAAAGCGGACGUGGCGGUCGAUUUUCUGGUCAUCCCUCGACGUCUCCAAGGAAGAGGCGUACUUCUUGACCAAGCUCGACCUGACACUCAUCUCGGCAUCGGCUCUCGGCGUCAUGUGCCGCUACAUUGACCAAGUCAACAUUACCAACGCAUUCAACAGCGGCAUGAAAGAGGACCUCAACCUCUAUGGCAACCAGCUCAACUACGCCAACGCCAUCUGGAGCGCCGCCUACGUCUUUGGGCAGGUGCCGUCCAAUUUGCUGCUGACCCGCGUCAACGUGCCCCUCUACGUUGCCUUUCUCGAGUUCGCCUGGAGCGCCUUCACGUUUGCCCACGCCGGCGUCCACAACGUCAACCAGCUCUACUGCUUCCGCUUCUUCGUGGGCCUCUUCGAGGCCGGCCACUUCCCCGCCGUCAUGUACAUCGCCUCGAGCUACUACAAACCGCACGAACUGGCCCGCCGCAACUCGCUGAUCCAAGUGUUUACGUCCGUGGGCCCCCUCUUCUCCGGCUUCCUGAUGGCCGCCGUCUACACGGGCCUCGACGGCGUCAACGGCCUGGCCGGCUGGCGCUGGAUGUACAUUGUCUGCGGCGCCAUCUCGGUGCCCUGUGCGCUGUGGACGGCCGUGGCCAUGCCGCAGCUGCCGUCGCGGGCCAAGGCCAACUGGGUCUUUACCGAAAAGGAGGCCCAGCUGGCCCGGGCGCGCAUGCCGACCGAAAAGAAGCCGCUGACCGGCCUGUUCAAGUGGAAGGACAUUAAGCGGUGGCACCAGACAUGGCACGUGUAUCUGUUCCCUCUCUUCUUUACGUUCAUGUCCCAGCUGGGCCAGUCUGGCGCUUCCAUGAUCUUCUGGGUCAAGAGUUACAACGUCGCCGGCAAGCCUCUCCGGUUCUCCGUCGCCGAGAUCAACAUCAUUCCUCUGGGAAUCAACCUCCUCACCAUCUUCUUCACACUCAUCAGCUCGUGGGUCUCCGACAGCCUGCCCAAGUCCCAGCGCUGGCCCGGCAUGCUCUUUGCCAGCACCAUGGCCAUCAUCUUCCCCAUCGCCCUCGCGGCCACGCCAGUCCACCCGACGCACAUCGCCUCUCGCUGGGUCCUCUACUACUUGACGUCCCUCGCCGGCACCUCGGCCGCCAUCACCUGGACCUGGGUCAAUGAGGUCAACCGCGACGACCCGGAGAAGCGGGCAUACGUGUCCGCCUUGAUGAAUGCCUUCGCCUACAUCUUCACCGCCUGGGUCCCCAUCUUCACCUUUCCCACCAGCAAACAGCCGUACAUUGUCACGGGCAACUACAUCACCGCCGGUUUCGGCGCCUGUGCUGUCCUCACCACCUUGGCCAUGCGCUGGUUCCACAACCGUGAUGUCGCCCGCAAAGAGCAGGCGGACGCUGGUGUCGUUGAAGAUGUCGAGGCACCGGACACUAUCGUUGAGAAGUAUUAG